UUCUGUAGCUGCUCUGCGCUCCAGGGCUGCUGCAUGCUCCAUGAUGGAUGAGGGAUGACAGAUCGGGGUUAGCKGCCAGGGGAGACCAUCUUCCUCCCAGUGCACGGUCCAAGCGGAGCGGGAAGAGCAGAGCAGGAAGAGAGGCAAGAUACUGAAGUCUACUCCCACCUCCCCUCCUUUUUUCCCUUUUCCCCUCCUCUCCACUUCAGUGCAUCGCAGUCAUAGCGGGGCUGUGCGCCGCAUUGACGCUGCUGCUGCUGCUGCUGCUGCUGCUGCUGCUGCUGCUGACCCAACCCAGAGAACCACAGAGGAUCUGAGCUUUUGGUUCAAUCCACGGCUGGAAACUUGAAGCUUGAAGCUCCGCGGGUUGUGGAAAUGCAGCGUUUUCAUGCGUUUUCACCUUCUCUCAUCCGAAUGCUUUGACGGUUUUGAAGAAUAUUGCUCAACAGAACCGGGAUCUUGGGAUACAACUUUGCAGAGCCCGCAGAUGUAGCGAGUUCUUUUGUAUAUUUUUAUAAUUUUUGCGCCGACAUGAUGGGUGUUGAACAAAUCCACCAGCUGCCUUAAAGGUGUGAGGAUGCACUCUCGUGAGGACUGAACGCGCAUCAUCUCUAGGAUCAUGCAGAUUCUGCAGCUUAGGACGUUAGUUGUGCUCCUUGCCCAGGCGCACGUGCUGUUUUCCCUGAGGAAUAAUGAAAGCAAAGACGACAACAGCAGGACUUUCCACGGGCUGCCCCGGGAGGCUCGUAAGACCAAAGCGCGGGACCGCGCGCUGCCGGUGCAGUACGCCACAGGUGCGUCCUCCUCGGCUGAGCUGCCCYUCAUUAGAGGGACCCUCAACUCCACACUCCCCUGGAAGAAGAUGAUUGGGGGGGAGAUGAGGCGAAUCGGGCACAACAAGUUUAAUAGGAGCGUGACCCCCGAGGAGGACCCCAGCAGCGUCUCGCACUGGGACGCGACGCGCCGCCAUAACAAGAGGAUGAAGAUGAUUGGUGCUGCGAGCAGCACGGGGACGCCGGCAGGUGGACACUACAAUGCGGCUAAGCCUCCUUCAAUGGAUCGGGAGGAUGGAGGGGGGUGGGCAGAGGAGUGGGACACAAGAAGCACAAAGGAGGGGCAGAAAAAAAUGGGGAAGAGAGGGAGAACCAGGCAGAACAAGAGCGUCCCGUCCCCAUGGGAACCCAUCCCCAAACCGGUGGCCCUCACCUCCACGGAUCUGCCCUUUGACCUCUUCACCAGGAGGUCCGAGCUCUUCACUUUCAGGGAGGAGAACCCGUGGGACGCCACGCCMAUCACUCCCCCGGGCUCGCAGGAUUUCGGAGGUGAGAUCAAGAACCCCUUUUAUCCGGUGACGAGUGAAACUUUCGGCGCGUACGCGAUCACGGGCGUCUCGGGCGUCAUCUUCCUGGUGGGUGUCGCGGGCAACAUCGCCAUCCUGUGCAUCGUGUGCCAGAACUACUACAUGAAGAGCAUCUCCAACUCCCUGCUGGCCAAUCUGGCUGUGUGGGACUUUGUGCUCAUCCUCUUCUGCCUCCCCAUGGUGGUGUUCCACGAGCUGACAAAGUCCUGGCUGCUGGGAGAGUUUACCUGCAAAGUUGUUCCUUAUGUGGAGGUUGCCUCCCUGGGCGUGACAACCUUCACCCUGUGCGCUCUGUGCAUCGACCGCUUCCGUGCCGCCACCAACGUCCAGAUGUACUACGAGAUGAUAGAGAACUGCACAUCUACAACCGCAAAGCUAGCCGUCAUCUGGAUCGGCGCCCUCCUCUUGGCGCUCCCAGAACURCUCAUUCGACAGCUGGUGACAGAAGACAUGGGAAUCCCAGACGAGCCUCCGGUUGAACGGUGUAUUAUCAGGAUUUCCACUUCCCUUCCUGACAUGCUCUACGUGUUGGGCCUGACCUACGAGGGAGCUCGGCUGUGGUGGUGCUUCGGCUGCUACUUUUGCCUCCCGACCCUCUUCACCAUCGGGUGCUCAUUGGUGACGGCGCGCAAGAUCCGGCACGCAGAGCAGGCCAGCGUGCGCAGCAAUAAGAAGCAGAUCAGGCUAGAGAGCCAGAUGAACUGCACCGUCGUGGCGCUGGCAAUCGUCUACGGUGCAUGUGUGGUACCGGAGAACAUCUGCAACAUCGUCUCUGCGUACAUGGCUGCCGGCGUUCCCGAGCAAACCAUGUCCAUCCUUCACCUUCUCUCCCAGCUGCUGCUGUUCUGUCGGGCCGCCGUGACACCGGCACUGCUGCUUCUGUUGUGCCGCCCCCUGGGCAGGGCCUUCCUGGACUGCUGCUGCUGCUGCUGCUGCAAUCACGCGCCGUCCUCGGCCACGGCCAGCGACGAUAAUGAACAUGAGUGUACCACGGAACUGGUGCUGUCCCCGUUCAGCACCAUCCGCAGGGAGCUGAGUAACUACACACCCGCUGGCUCCAACUGCUGAACUGACAGUCCUGAUCAGGGAUCAGAUUUUACUGGCUGGAUAUUUGCCUCUGGCUAGUGUUUUUAUUCUCUGCUAGGAGAGAUUUGCCUUACCUAGUUCACUUUAACUUCACUUGUGCACUCGUUAAAAAAAAAUGAGACACCAAAAAAAGCCCUCAUCAGCCAUCGGCUCUACAUCUUCACCUUUAUUUUCCAAGACCUUUAGGAAAAUCUUUUCACUUGUGGCCAGGAGUGCUAUUUAAGCAGGAAUGCAUAUUUUUAGCAAUCCUGCCUGAAACCAUUUUAAGACUAAACRAUCCCUCUAUAAGGGUUUGUAUGCCAAACAGUAAGAAACAGCUGGUCUGAUCAAAAAUGAACCAGAUUCUGAAAAAGAAAAUAUUUAUUCUGUAAAAUGACUGUACAGAAUGUGAAUCAGUAAGCGCAGUUUGUCAAAGAAUUCCAAGAUAAACGUCCUGCCGUCAUGAGUAAUAUUCAUUUUUGAGGAAACCCUGCACUAUUUAGAAUAAGGGAGAAAAAAUCAAUAUUAAUCAACUUCAAAUUGUGCCACUUAAGGGAACGAUUAACUAUUGUGUGUGAUUUCAUGUUAACCAAGAUACAGCAUCCAGCGAAACAUGUGGCCUCACACUGCCAGUAGAAGUACACAACCGUGUUUACAGACCACAUCAGCUGCAAACGUACAGCUUCAACAGUAUAAUGYUGCACCUAUGGGAACAAAGCUUACAAUAAUUAAAGCAGCGUAAUGCAUCUCAAAGGUUUGAGAGUUUACAAAAGAAAACUGUGGACAGGAAAACGCUUAGGUCUGUGUCUCAGAAAUAACUGGAGCUGGUCUCAGACUGCUACAUACGCUGACAUAAUGGGAUUAAAAGGUUUUUAAUGAACUAAUUGAAGCUGAAUUAGAGUUGAGAGACACCAAAUGGAAUCAAGUGAAACACCACAAAUUGAACUGAAUGAAGUGAAUAUGGAUGGAGUGGUUAUUAUUAGCAAUUAACUGAAAGGGAUGGACAGAAGUAAAGAGGGAUCUGCACUACACUGUUGUAUUGUGUAACGCCUUACACUUUMGGGGGUGGGGGUUGUAUAUAUACUGUGCACUGUCUUUGGUGCUCUUAUGAUGAAUGCAUUGUGAAGAACAAAUCCAUAGGUUCGACUUAGAGCCACAAGAAGCUCAGACYCAUUGUUUGUUUCAGGUCAAGAAGACAGAUUACAGUCAUCUGUGACUCAAAAAUCUGUAAACAGUGGAAAGAUUAAAUYAGAAAAAGCAAUUCUUCAUUGAGCUUCCACACACAGCUGAAGAAAACUAGCCUUAAUUUAGAUUAAGUACUACUUAGUAGCACUUUAUUCUACAAUCAUUAUUGAUGUUUAAAGUCACAGGUAGCUUAGUUUUACAUUUUAUUACAGCAUUACAAAAAUUUAUUCACUGGUUAAUUUAUUAUUGCAAUAAUUACUUAGACAAAUAUUACACUGUAAAUACAAGACCAUCAAAGACAUGUAAAUAUACGAUAAAUUAUAUAUUUAUACCAAUGAAUUCAGUAUGAAUACAAAACAUAGUUGUAAAUUAUUUACCAUUUCUGAACUGUAAAAUAAAGUGCUACUUAAAGCAAGACCGUAACUGGGCUCCUCUCCAUUAAUAAAAGGACCAAUCAGCAUUUUUAGUUAAAUGGUGCCUCUGACACUAGCUUUAUAACUGCUCAACUAUGUCAUUUCAAACUUGUUGCAUCACUGGAGGCUAAAAAUGAGCUGUUUGUCUGUUUAAAUCAAGGCCUUGUAGAUUUUACUGGUAAAUCUACUACUGUAUUAUCAAGAACCAAAAGCUCAACUGGCAUUGCAGCAGGAGAGUGGGACUUUUACACCAUUUAAAAACAUGAACUGUGUUUGAAUUAUUCACUCAUUAAUAAGUGUCACUACAAAGGGAAAUGUCAGGUGAUUUUUUGGUUCACUGUCCAGAGUCGCAUUGAUUCAAACCAUUAAAAAGCCUCAUCUUCUCAGGAUAACARUCUUUGUGUUCCUUUUAUAUUUAACACAUAUGUCUUCACUUUAAUUGAAAACCAUUUUUCUCUUUAACAUAUUGUUUAACAACUUUUGAUGUGUUUAAAUUUUACCCAGAAUGCAAUGCAGUCACCAGUAGUCCAUGAUUUAGUAUGUAGAAGUUGUACUAUACAUGAAUAUCAAUAGACCAUCAUGCACUGCUCUGGGUCAAAACGGCAUGCUAAUGCUAAUAUCUGCAGCUUAUUACAGGCUCAUUAAAAAGCCUAAACAGAUUAAUUCCCUCAGUGUCUCAACAAAGGUGACCGUCUCCUUUCUGACAGAUGAAAUAAAUUGAGAAAAUAUUUUAAAAACCCUGUAAAGCUUAACAAAAAUAUUAAGUAGGUCCUCUGGAUGGGUCCUGUAAAGCAUGUUUUACUGUAAGUCUAAACAGUAAAUAUAAAAAGUGGGUUUUGCUACAUUUGUACUUAUACUGAAGCCUUUUAUUUACACGUAUAGUUAUCCCAGCUACAAUACUUGUUUAAGGAGACACAGAUCAACUAAUAAGUGUAUCUGUGUCCUAAAAUAAUCUGUGAUGUGACAUUUAUUACAACUUAGUCAAMAACUAAAAUGGCUUAAUUAUGCUUUUUUAUUUAAGAUCUAGGCAUGAAUCUAGCUGUUUCCUGUUAAAGUUUAUGUGGUAUGUAAUGGUAAAUACCCAGCACAUAAUUAUGACGUUACUUCACUCAAGUAGAUGCAAAAGUCAGUGGCUACCCCAGUCUUUAACUUAGACCUCUGAAUAGUACACUAUUAAGACAGUGAACAGUUCAAACACAGUUUUUUGACUUCUAAAGCCCUUUGCAGUUUCAUUAUUUAGCUUUGAAACAGAACCAAGGAUGUGUUUUUCACAGUGCAUACAUUUACAAGUGUAUUGUACUGUAAAACUUUUUUCUUACGCCUGCUGAUCAUACCUGGGUCAAAGGAGGGUCAAAUCAAAAUGUUAUGUAUUGCGUUGGAAAUGUUUGAAAUUGGACAGAAAACCUGAAAGAACUGACUCAAACUGUGCAAUUAUUUCUGGAUUACUAAAGUGGUGAACUCUGUCAUGACCCAGGUUUGAUGUUCAUCGGUUUACUGUAUAUUCCUUGCAUAGAAAUCUGCACUGCCAAACACCUUUUCUCUGUCUGUUUCUUGCGCUCUUGUGGUAGUAGCACUCUAUCUCUGGGAGCCUCUCUCAGCACGGAAGCCAGCUUACUUUUAGCCUCAUCGUUACGAAGACGAAUCAUAAAUCUGCRGCCACCCUUUGGCUCUGAUGAACUCUGCAUAAUGAGCUCGAAGAGAUCUGGGUGGAUAUAGCCUGUGGUUGGUGCUGCCUGCCGUUCAUCACGUUAAUUGCUGAGAUUUGUCAGGUAGCAGCAUUGKAACACAACACCCUGCAGCCUGUUGGACGAGGCUUUUUGUUACAAUCACUAUCAGUGUCAUUAUUGAGAGCUAAUGCGCAAACCCCACCUGGGGUCUCAGUGUUUACAGCACAACACUGGCGCUGUGGAACUGGUUACUAUUAUACAUGUUUUUAUACCUUAACUCGUUUUUCAAAAUCAAAUUAAUUGAGUCCCGAUGAGACUAAUGCAAACUGGCUUCUGAUUGCUUCUUUUCUGCAUCUUUCUGGAAGUAUAGCUCAUAAAUGGCUCAGUGUGUAGUAAUGUGGUUAAAAUAUUGAUGAAGUGAAUCUUGUUAAUCAGUGAGAUGUUUCUUCAGAUCUUUAUGAUUAUCCCUCCUCACUCUGAGCUCAGUGUGUUUGUAUUUGAUACCUGAACAUGUAAGCACACAACCACUGUUGUCUCCAAGUCUAGUCACUGGUUUCUAAAUAGCUUUUUAUAUAGCCAAAAAAAUCAUCCUUUUGUUUAUCGAAGAACUUUAUCUUGAAAACUGUAUAUUAAAAUCCUAAAUGUGCUGCAGUG